AUGACAGGGGCAGUAAAAUACGAUGAAAACCUCCUAAAAUAUAGCAAUGUCAAUCUUCAGCGUCCCUGGUAUUCGUAUGUCCUCGGAGUCUCCGCGGAGAUCGGUCCACCGACCAGUUCGACCAUCCCAUUUGAAGGCCGUUACACCUUGCACUUACGCCGAGGUGCCGCCAAGACAAACCACUUCACUAGACGACGAGGAGGGGUAUGCUGUCCCGGGACGGCUGAUGCAACCCUGCGAUGCAAACUGCGUCUCCAACGCCCCCGUCGCACGUAA